CGCGGCCGCGUCAAGCCCGGGGGCCGCUGGCGCGAGGCCGCCUGGCAGCUCUGUGACUACUACCUGCCCUACGCGCUGGGCGGCGGCUAUGUGCUCUCGGCCGACCUGGUGCACUACCUGCGCCUCAGCCGCGAGUACCUGCGCGCGUGGCACAGCGAGGACGUGUCCCUGGGCGCCUGGCUGGCGCCGGUGGACGUCCAGCGCGAGCACGACCCGCGCUUCGACACCGAGUACAAGUCCCGCGGCUGCAGCAACCAGUACCUGGUGACGCACAAGCAGAGCCUGGAGGACAUGCUGGAGAAGCACCAGACGCUGACGCGGGAGGGCCACCUGUGCCGGCAGGAGGUGCAGCUGCGCCUGUCCUACGUCUACGACUGGUCCGCGCCGCCCUCGCAGUGCUGUCAGAGGAAGGAGGGCAUCCCCUGAGCCGGGCCGCGAGGGAGGCCGCCACCGCCGCGAUGGUCGCUCAGGGCCCCGUGGGGCAGCCGCAGAGGUGGCCUUGCACCGGCGAGGCCCACGGGUUCCGGCUGGUUGUCCAGGAGCCCAGCCCUCACGGGGACCUGGUUUCUGCGGCGGCCAGUAGGGUUUGCGGGGCAGACGCCAAGCGGCGGCGGACAGCUUGUAGGUCCUCGCUCUGGGGUGCCCCCAGGGCUGUGCACCCCAGCGGCCACCCUGGGGCCUCGCUGGGGAGUGACACCUUGUGCCCAGGCAGAAGCACCUCGUCCCUGGAUGGCGGCCGGCAUGUGCAGAUGCCCAGCUUCCGGUGUGCCUGCAGGGCCCUGCAGUCGCACUGGCCUCUCCCGAGGUAGGGGCAGGCGGCGAGAGGCAGAAGCUGACGGCAGAGAAAGAAUCUGGACUCGCUCAGGGGUGGAGACUGUGUCCUGUCCCGCAUCCUGUGGCAACAGUCGGCGAAGGUGCUCGCUGGGCCAAGAGCCGUGGCUGCAGGGAACUGCCCCUCAGGCCCUUGCAUGUUGCGACUUCACUGUGUUGUACACCGUCCAGUGUCUUUUGAUCAGAACUGCUCUAGAUUUACAGAGUUAGCUUAUCUUCUUUCAUGCAUCCAUGUUGGUACUGUUUGUCACGUGAAGUCCAAAAUUUAACUUGCUGUUACUGUUACUUUGCUUCAGCAGUAUUUUGGUCUGUGUUGCUCCAGAGUGAAUUUGUGAUAAAUGUAAUUCGGUGCUACCCUGUGACUUAUAAAUAUUGUAAAUUUGUGUAGAUAAGAGUUUAAGUUGGGAGCUUGUGGGUCUCAGUUUUUUUUUAAUUAUUUAAGGGAAGACUUUUCUAUCAGAACCUGGAAUUUGUGGAUUAAUCUGUUUUUACAGCUUGAGUUGUAGACCCGUUGCUGCAUGUGUUUAAAUGUGGAAGAAUUCUAAAACUGUCCGUUUCUCUUUCCAGUUUACACUGGAAGGUCAGCCCCAUUGUCUGUUUCUGAAAAGACUCCUUUUAAGGCUUCCUCACAGCCGUGCAGAGCAAGUGCUUCUCACACGCACAUCUGUUAUUUUAGACUCGGGGCGCAACCAAGUUCCAGGAAUCUGAACCCUUGGAAGCAUUGGUGAGGUUUCCCACAUUCUGUCCUAAGAAAACAGCCAGGCUUUGCUGGCUGGCGUGUCCUUUCGAAGACAGAAGGCAUUUACAUGCACCCCUCCUGCGACUGAUCACCCUCUCGUACAUUAACACAUCCUUGGAAGAUUUGGUUUUCCUUUUCCCCCCAUUAAAUGUGAAAAGUGAGCGCUGCAACCACCACGGAAGUAAAAUAAAUGAAGAAGCUCCGGGCAGCCAAGAGCC